AUGGGCCGGGCACGGGGACCCCGGGGCGGGCUUGUCGGGGGGCACACCGUCCUCCUGUUGCUGGUGAUUGAUCUCCUGCUGCCAGGAAUUCUGUGUAAGAGCCUCGGUUCCGACUUGGACCCUUGCAAAGAUCCCUCUCGCAUCUCCUCACCCGCCCUUGCUGCCCUCUGCACGCCGAGGACUGGCGGCUCCAGUGGUUCCAGCGGAUCCAGUGGUUCCAGCGGAUCCAGUGGUUCCAGCGGGUCCAGUGGUUCCAGCGGAUCCAGCGGCUCCAGCGGCUCCAGUGGUUCUAGCGGAUCCAGCGGAUCCAGCGGUUCCAGCGGGUCCGGAAAGGGGUGGUCUUCUCCAUCUGAAAUCAGCUGGUCUUCUCAGUCCGGAACGGGCACCGACCAGUCCGGGCCCGGGUGGUCCCUCCAGUCGGGCGGCCUCUCCUCCUCCAACGCCGGGGGCUCGGGCAGCUCCCAGACCGUCUGGUUGUCCUCCUCUUCCUCCUCCUCCUCCUCCUCGUCCUCCUCGUCCUCGUCCGGGGCCGGGUCCCAGGGGGUCGCCCAGUUCGGGCCCUGCAGCUCGGGCUCGGGGGCGUCCUCGGUGCCCUGCAAGACGCCCUCCUCCUACCUGCCCGAGUCCCACCGGGUGGCGGGCGACCAGCGGCCGGUGGUGGUGGUGGAGACGCACGCCGCCCCGUGCUUGACGGGCCGGCCCUGCCCGCCCAUCACCUCCCUGGAGCCCGGCCCGGGGCGGGUGGGCUACCAGGUGGUGGGCGGCUCGGCCCGCGAUUACCUGGUCCCGGGCAUGACCUACGACAAGGGCAAGAUCUACCCCGUGGGCUACUUCACCAAGGAGCGCGGCCCCAAGGGGGCCGCCGGCCGGCCCGUCUUCGCCGCGGGGGCCCCGGUGCCCGAGGGCGUCUACUUCUCCAGCAACGCCCACUCGUCUCAGUACAGCGCGGGCGCGCCGCCCGACCCGGCCGGCUCGGGGCUCUUCUCCCGGACGGGCGGCGCCCUCAUCUCCUUCCGGACCCCCGGCUGCGGGGACGGGGCCCGCGGGGGGCCCUGCGCCCCGUCCUCCUCCUCCUCCUCCUCCUCGGCCUCGGUGGCCCUGCAGCCCUGCGGGGCCCGGGGGUCCCGGGGGCCCGGGGUCGGCUGCCUUCCGGCCGGCUCCCGGGGCUCGCCGGGGGGGCCGGUCAUCGUGGCGCGGCCCUGCGUGGGCGGGAGUGGGCUGGGGGGCUCCCCGGGCCGCCCGUGCGGCUCCUCCCCGGCCGGCCCCAGCGGGGGGCCCGACGGCUCCCCGCUGCCGGACCCCGCGGCCGGGGCCAAGCCGUGCGGCUCCGGGGCCCGGGGCUCCGGCGGCCUCCCGUGCCGCUCCAUUCGGGACAUCUGGGCCCAGGUCAAGCCCCUGGGGCCGCAGCUGGCGGAGCCCGCCGCCUUCCUGCCCCAGGGGGACCCCCUCCGGGACCCCUAA